CCUGUGUUGCUAAAUCCAGCGGCUGAAUGUUUUUGAGUCAUUCUGCAUCAUGUCAGGCUGAUUUUCUCCAUCUGCUGUCAGACUGAAACCAAGACGAUGAAACCACACAGCAGCUUCAGCUGAGCUGUCAAUCAUCAGCAGCAGGGGCUGAUGGGAGCUGAGGAGCUGGUAAAACCAUGUGGCCCUGGUCUGAUCUUGUUUGGCUUCAGCUGCAUCAGAGCACCACUUCUCCCCAGGUUCACCAGAGGAAACACCACUGAACAAAAUGCGUUUCCUCCCAGCUGCUGCUCUGUGCUGUCUGUGUUCAGCGCUGGUUACCAUGGCAACACAGCUGACUCAGGAGGUAACACUGACCAGGAGAGCUGGUGAGAGUGUCUCCAUCAGCUGUGGAGGAACUCAGCCGUGUGCUUAUAGCUGGAUAUACUGGUACCAGAAGAAAGACACAGAAACAUUCAAAGCUAUUCUUGGAUUUGAUACUAGUAAUUCAGAAGUAUAUAAAGGUUACGGUCAUCCUCAACAAGAUGAGUUCUCAGCUGAGAACAAUCAGAACGGCUGUGAGUUAAAGCUAAACAAAGUCCAACAGGAACAUGCAGCCUCGUACUACUGCAGCUGUUGGGUUUCUGGAUACUGGAACCCAAUCUUUGGUUCUGGAACCAAACUUUAUGUUUCAGAUCAGCAGGUGGUGAAGCCCGUGGUGAGCAUGUACCCUGCAGCAUCCCACCUGGAGGGGACUAGCUCCCUGAUGUGUCUGGCCUCAGACAUGUUUCCUCCUCUGGUCCGCUUCUCCUGGAGAAGACAGAAGGAGGACGGUCCUCUGGAGGACCUGAGUCCUGAUGAUGGAGAGCAGCUGGAGCUCAGAGAGUCAGGACGCAGUGCCGCCAUCUUACUGGUCCCGAACAGCACAUAUAAAUACAGCUGCUCCAUGCAGCAUGAGGGGUGGGCGGUGGAGUCUAGAAGAUUAAUAAGGGUUUCUCCAGCCUCAGCUCCUGUUCCUCACCUCAGACACAGGCUGGUCCUCCUCCUGUUCUCAGCUCUGAUAGUGAGGAGUCUGGUCUUCUGCUCCGGAAUCUCUCUGAUGAUCAUCAUCAGGAAGAAAGAACUGUCCACCAGCAGCUCCAACAUCUGAAAGAUUAAUUCAAACCUCAGAUUUUCUGUCUGUGGAUCAGCAGGCUGAACUUCUCAUAACAAACCUCGUCAUGAUUGGUAAAGGUGUCGAGUAAAGGGCCAAAACCCAUGAUAAUGUUUGUUCAGAUGUCCCAACUCUCUCCACUUAUUUGAUUUAACACAAUAUUCUAACUGCCUGACAUUCUGAAUGUGGGUUUUUAUCAGCUGCAAGUCAUGAUCACCACAAUUAUUACAAAAUCACUUCAGUUUAUUUAUAAAACGCCAAACCAGGACCAGAGUCAUCUCAAGGACCUUCACACAGUACAGGUCAGGUCUUUAAGCCAAUCAGUAACAAGGUUCCUGUAUAAGGAACCCAGCAGGUUGCAUCGAGUCACUGACUAGUGUCAGAGUCUUUACAGCAAUCCUCAUACUAAGCAAGCAUGCAGCGACAGUGGGGAGGAAAACUCCUUUUUGACAGGAGGAAACCUCCAGAGGAUCCUAGCUCAGUAUAAGCAGCCAUCCACCAUGACUCACUGGGGAUGGAGAAGGCAGAGCAGACACACACACACACACACACACGCACGCACACACACACUCUGUGAGGAUGUAUAAUUGUGACUGUCUACCAUUUUGAUUUGUGUGUGACCCUUUGUACACUGUGACACCAACCAUGUAACAUUCAUUCAUUCAUUCAUUCAUUCAUUCAAACAUUCAUGUUGUGCCUGAACUAAUGGAUGCUGCACACACAACCUUACAACGGUGAUUGUUA